GCUUCCCAGCGGCGGUGCCUAUGGUGGGGGGGGCGGCUUGUGGUGUCACCCCCGUCUCGUGGUGUCACCCGGUGCGGCCCGCACCCGUGGUGUCACCCGGUGCGGCCCGCACCCGUGGUGUCACCCGGUGCGGCCCGCACCCGCGGCACCACCCUAGUGACGCCCCUGAAGCCAUAGGGAGACAAGGGGAAGUCUCCAGCAGUAUUGUUUACAGGGAGUGGCUGGUGGUGCUGCCUAGCAGUGGGAUCUUGUGAGACCUGUGCUAGAGCGGAGUGAGAAAAAAUGAAAAUGACGAUCCUGACUGGUGGUGUCCUGAGGUGGUGCCUAGUGAAAGGCGGUAGCCACAAGCAGGUGGGAACCUGACAGGGGGAGCAAAAGGUGGGAACGACACAAGGACCACUAUCCUGGAGGGUCUGGUGAACUUUGAGGAGGAGGAGGAGGAGGAGGAGGCAGCAGCUGUGCAUUUCACGGAGGAGGAGUGGAUCUCCUGGAUCCGGGCCAAAGCGCUCUGCACAGGGAAGCCAUGGAGGAGAAUUAUGAGAUUGGAGCCUCUUUCAAAUCGGAGCUGAAUUCCUGUUUGGAAGAUGGAGAGGAUCUUCUUAUUCAGGUUCCCAAAGAGGAGGAGACCUCAGCAGAACGAGACCUCGCUUCCUGUAAGGAAGAAGGAGAAAGUCUGUUUAUCCAGGUCAUCAAAGAAGAGGAGGAGACCUCAGCAGAGCUAGGCCUCAUUUCCUGUUGGGAAAGAGGAGAAGAAGAUCCACUUGUCCAGGGUCUCAAAGAAGAGGAGGCGGAGACAUCAGCAGAACCAGACCUCAUUUCCUGUUGGGAAGGAGGAGAAGAUCCGGUGAUGCAGGAACCCAAAGAAGAGGAGGAGACCUCAGCAGGAUACAUCUGGGGAGUCAAGGCUGAGGGAGAACCAUCUGAAGUAUCACUGGAAAAAGCUGAGGAGCAGAUGCAGGAGCAGAGACUGAGGAGACAAGAUGGAGCAAAGAGACAAGAGGAGAGAGAGACUCACACAGGGGACAAACCUCAUACAUGCUUGGAGUGUGGAAAGAGCUUCAGUCGGAGUAGCCACCUUACUAGGCAUCAGAGAUGUCACACCGGGGAUAAACCUUAUAAAUGCUUGGAGUGUGGAAAGAGCUUCAGAUGGAGUAACGCCCUUACUUCGCAUCAAAGAUGUCACACCGGGGAUAAACCUUAUAAAUGCUUGGAGUGUGGAAAGAGCUUCAGGUGGAGUAGCAACCUUACUUCGCAUCAAAGAACUCACACAGGAGACAAACCUUAUCAAUGCGUGGAGUGUGGAAAAAGCUUCAGUGAGAGAUGCGCCCUUAUGGUGCAUCAAAGAACCCACACAGGGGACAAACCUUAUAAAUGCUUGGAGUGUGGAAAGAGCUUCAAUCGGAGUAGCCACCUUACUUCGCAUCACAGAACUCACACAGGGGACAAACCUUAUAAAUGCUUGGAGUGUGGAAAGAGCUUCAGUCAGAGUGGCCAACUUACUUCGCAUCAAAGAUGUCACACUGGCGACAAACCUUAUAAAUGCUUGGAGUGUGGGAAGAACUUCAGUCAGAGUAGCCAACUUACUUCUCAUCAAAGAACUCACACUGGCGAUAAACCUUAUAAAUGCUUGGAGUGUGGCAAAAGUUUCUGUCAGAGUAGGGACCUUACUUGUCAUUACAGAACUCACACAGGGGACAAACCUUAUAAAUGCUUGAAGUGUGGAAAAAGCUUCAGUCACAGUAGCAACCUUACUUCACAUCAAAAAUGUCACACCAGGGACAAACCUUAUAAAUGCUUGGAGUGUGGCAAGAGCUUCAGUCGUAGUAGCGAGCUUACUUCACAUCAAAUAACUCACAGAGGGGACAAACCUCAUAAAUGCUUGGAGUGUGGAAAAAGCUUCAGUCAAAGUAGCCACCUUAUGGUGCAUCAAAGAACUCACACAGGGGACAAACCUUAUCAGUGCUUGGAGUGUGGAAAGAGCUUCUGUCAGAAUAGCCAUCUUACUUCGCAUCACAAAACUCACACUGGGGACAAACCUUAUCAAUGCUUCGAGUGUGGAAAAAGCUUCAGAUGGAGUAGCGCCCUUACGGUGCAUCAAAGAAGUCACACAGGGGACAAACCUUAUCAAUGCUUCGAGUGUGGAAAAAGCUUCAGAUGGAGUAACGCCCUUACUUCGCAUCAAAGAAUUCACACAGGGGACAAACCUCAUAAAUGCUUGGAGUGUGGAAAGUGCUUCAGUGAGCGAUGUGCCCUUACUUUGCAUCACAGAACUCAUACAGGGGACAAACCUUAUCAAUGUUUGGAGUGUGGAAAGAGUUUUUGUCAGAGUGGCCAGCUUGCUUCGCAUCACAAAACUCACACCAGGGACAAACCUUAUAAAUGCUUCGAAUGUGGAAAGAGCUUCAGUCAGAGUGGCCACCUUACUUCGCAUCAAAGAUGUCACACUGGCGACAAACCUUAUAAAUGCUUGGAGUGUGGAAAGAGCUUCAGUCAGAGUAGCAACCUUACUUCGCAUCAAAGAUGUCACACUGGCAACAAACCUUAUAAAUGCUUGGAGUGUGGAAAGAGCUUCAGGUGGAGUAGCGCCCUUACGAUGCAUCAAAGAAGUCACAUGGUACAAACCCUAUCAGUGCUUGGAGUGUGGAAAGAGUUUCAGUGACAGUAGCCACCUUACUUCGCAUCACAAAACUCAUAUAGGGGACAAAACUUAUCAAUGCUUCGAGUGUGGAAAGGGCCAUGGACCAUGGUAUCCUUCUGGGAAGAUUGGCUGAGUUGGGAGUGGGAGGGACUGAAUGGCUAUGGUUCUGCUCCUAUUUGGUGGGUCGCCUCCAGAAGGUGGUGCUUGGGGAACAUUGCUCGGCACCCUGGAUUUUCCAGUAUGGGGUUCCGCAGGGGUCAGUUCUGUCCAUGCUCUGGUAAUCUUCAAGUUAGAUUACUGCCAUGCACUCUACAUGGGGCUGCCUUUGAAGAUGGUUCGGAAACUGCAGCUUGUGCAAAAUGCAGCGGACAAAUUGGUAACAGGGACCAGAUGGUUCGAACAUAUAAAACUGAUUCUGGCCCACUUGCAUUGGCUGCCUGUACGUUUCCGAGCUUGAUUCAAGGUGCUGGUUUUAAGCUAUAAAGCCUUACAUGGCUUGGGACCACCAUAUCUGAUGGAACGCCUCUCCCGACAUGAACCCACCCAUACACUAUGCUCAACAUCCAGGUUGUUGGCUGUGUGUGUCUAUGUGCUUAAUUUAAUUUAAAGCAACACAAUAGCAGCAGAGUAACAGCAGUCGUUGAAAUGUGAGUGUGCCAGCACGUGUGUGCAUUUGCCUAAGAAAGCAGGCUUUUACCCUGCAACAGCAUCACUGGGACUUGAGACUUAGUAAAAUAAGAAAAGCUACCUUAUUUAUAGAAAUACAUAGUACAUAGAAAGGCAUACCUAGUUCUUGCUAAGUUGGAGGCUUAACGCCCAGGUGCGGGAGUUAGCCCCAUGGCUUGGAGAGAGAGAGAGACAAAGGGAUGUCUCGUCUCUCCUGGUCAGCUGGAGGACAAAGGAGUGGAAAGGGCGGAAGGAGGAGGGGCAGGUAAGCUUCCGUAAAGACGUCACAGUCUAGCAACAGAAGGAAGUCAGUCAGAGCAUCACAGGUAAAGGUAAACAAGCCUCUCCAUCUGGAGGACCCUAGCUCUAUCUCCCUUCUGGUACACAAGCAAAAGACCAAACCAGGAGUUGCUCUUGCCCCACUUCCAACACAAGGCCCUCCUCCCAGUGUCUCCUCCGAGGGAAGCUGGGAGUCUGGCAACAAGGUAGAGGGCCUUCUCAGUGGUGGCCCCCAAAUUAUAGAAUGCUCUGCACCUGGCGCCAACACUGUUAUCUUUUCAGCACCAGGUUAAGACUUUCCUCUUCUCCCAGGUAUUUUAGCAUGUGUUUUUAAAUUGCUUUUUAAAAACUGUGUUUUUAAAUAUGUAUAUAUAUUUUUUAAUGUUUUAAUUGUUGUAAACCGCCCAGAGAGGUUUGGCUAUGGGGCGGCAUACAAAUGUAAUAAAUAAAUAUAAAUUAA